AUGUUGGGUUACAGCGAAGGGAACGAUCAAGAAAGAAACGGGCUUGAAAAUGAUUUAUCGCCAGUUUUCGAGGAUUCGGACACAGCUGAUAGAAUUGAGCAGAAAAUUCGGAAUUUGAAAGCCGAAGAAAUUCAUCCCCGGGACAAAUGUUUCUACGCGAAUCCUGGCGUUCUCGAAAUCAAAGGCUUUAAGGCGAACAAGUCGCAUCUCCGAAAAGUAUCGAUUUACAAUAAAAGUCAGAAAUGGGCGUACCUUCGCUUUCUCAAAAUCGAGUCUGACAGUAAAAAUCCCAAGAUUUUGAAAAUCGACAAAUUAGAUGCAGUGAAACUCAAGCCGGGAUUACACGUAUCGAUAAAUGUCACGAUCGAGCCGCUAUCAGAGGAGGAAGUAACCGCGGAGAUAAUUUUCCUUACAUUAAAUGCAGACGACACAAAAAAUUUCCAUGAAUUUCGGAUUCCUGUUAAAUGCACGCCAAAAAUGCCCGAGCCCAUUAUAUAUCCUUCCGAGCUGAGAUACAUGCAAAAAAUGCUAACGAUAGAAAAUCGGGGCUCGAAAUCCUUCUCUUUCGACAUUCCAAAAAGGAACGAAGACAAGGACAUCUUCACUUGGCAAUUUCUCGAUGAUAAUCCAGGCUUUUCGGAAUCCUCGAAUUCGGUGGAGUAUAAUCUCGCACCGAGAGUGUAUCGAAUAGAAAUUCCGCCCAAAUCAGGUUUUCAAUUAAACGUUAAUUUUUCCCCACAAUAUAUCGGACUCCAUCACGACGUCUUUAAAUUCGACUUCGAAGCCGACGGGGUUGUGUUUAAAGAGCAGAAUGUUCCUAUGUGGGGAGAAACGACAGGGCUGAAAGUUUACGUAGAUCCUCCGAUCGUGGACCUUGGAAUCAUAAUGGCGGACUCUGGAGUUUACCAGACAAAUUUUGACGUCAUAAAUACUGGUGCUCAUACUUCGGAGAUCGUGGUGAAGACUCCGAAAAAAUUGGACGGUCAAAUUCGGAUUUUCCCGAAGUCGACUUUCGUCCAGCCUGAGUCCUCCUGCACGAUUCUCGUGAAAUUAAUUCCGGAAACGGACUUUUCGGAAAAAUCGAAAGGAUAUUACGAUUGUUCGACGAACAUCUUGAGCAUACCGAUUCACAUUCACUCAAAAUCCGCAGACUCGAAAAACGCCCCAGCGAUAAUAUUAAAAAUCAUAGCGACCCUCACAACGGCUCGCGCUCUCGUCUUAGAGCCAGAUUUUGUAACAUUAGGACGCGUCCAUACGAAGGAGUCUGUUUUUGCAGAGAUCAGACUAACCAACAAAUCGCUAUUGCCUCAAGAGUAUGGUUUUCUAGACAUACCGUAUUUCAUGGAAAUACAGCCUAAUCAUGGAUUCGGAAAGAUACUUCCUGGAAAAACCAUACGGCUUUUUAUUAUUUAUUCGGCCUCUUUGGCGGAUAUUCCUCGAAGACAUCUACGAGCCAACGGAACGACUGGAGAUAAAAAAUUUGAAUUACGAGUGGUCACUUUGGCGCAGCUCGCAGGAUCUAAAUAUCCCCUGAUAAGCAAACUUGAGAAGCCCCUUCAUAAAACGCUGAAAUUACCGCUUAGAAGGCCCUUAAAAUUACUCUCGAAGAAAAGCGAGACGGAUUUCAAAUUGAAAAUGCCUAAAAGAUGCCUAGGUCUACGAUCUCGGGAUCCAAGAAAAAUUGUCAUUCCAGAUUUCACCCAGGAUGUCAGCGACCAUGACGUCAACGACUCGGAUUCGUUUUCGACUUUGGAAAACCAUAGCCCAAGGAUGGAGAGUUUUGAAUUUGAGGACACGCGGGAAGAGAAGAACGUCGUGGAAGUCUUUGCACGCAUUGUCGAUCAUUAUUGCGAACUGAGUAAACAAAUAAUUAAAUUCCCCGACACUCCUUGCGAGUCCUUUUCGAUCGCCACGCUAGAAGUUCACGGAUUCAAUAUGGCGUCCUCUCCUCCCUGCAUUUGCGGCCUAGAGAAAAAUAAUUCACCAGACUUCGAGGCCUGGUUUGAGUUCAAGUGUACUUCGAAGCAAAUCAGAUUUUGCCCCCGAGAAGGCUGCCUCGGUUCUUCGGAACGUCGAAAAAUCAGCGUCCUUUUUGCGCCGAAAUUGGCGCACAAAAUGGUGUACCGGAAGACGCAAGAAAUAAAGGCAGAAAAACUGCGGAGAGACUCCAACGAGGCUGAACUCGAAAGCGAGAAAACGGGAAGAAACGCUGCAACGGGAGCCGAGAAAGAAAAAUCUCGCUACUCGGGGACCAAGAUGGCGGACGCGGAGCUCUCGGAGUGCGACAAGCUGCCCGGAGAGAAUUUUCUCCUUGAGAAUUUUGAAAAUUAUGUAGCGACUGUUAACGCGGUUUGCAUCGUCGGGGUUAGAAUGAAAAAUGGUACGCGACGUGACGAAAGGAACUACAUAAAACUCACUUGUCCCGUGGUGAAGCCCGACAUUUUGAUUUUGAAUUCCACCAGGGUGUUCUCUUUCGGUCCCACGGCCAUUGGAACAUCUUCAAGGAAGUUCCUUUCCGUGAAAAAUAUAUCCAACAAAAACGUCAAAGUCGAUGUUACCCUACUGAACCCUAUUGGACCUUACUACAUGCCACCUGGGAAAAUGAUCGAACCAGGCUCGGUGUUAACCUUGCCUAUUACAUACACACCGAAACUAGAAGAGGAUAAAUACGCACGUCAAUUUUUUGAAGUUCGCGCGGCUGGGACCAGAACAAUAUGGCGACUCGCAGUUUCCGGAAGUGGAGUGAUUCCCAGUUGGGAAAUAACACCGGAAAUGGUCGUCGCUAGAUUAACGGCAAAGCCUGGAAAAUCGGACGAGUGCAGAUUGACGUAUCGACAUUUAUUUGUGGCUGAUGUAGCAUGUAAAUCUGCGAAAAAUAUGGAUAAUAAUUAUAAAUGUAAUUAG